UUCACUCUCUUGGAAAAUUUGUAGCAUCACAUCUUGCAAGAUAACAAGAACACAUACAUUUUUCCUUUUCCUAUUUUUUAUUUAUUUAUUUAUAAAAUUUCAUGGUUGAUGCAACCUGGAGGAGGAUGAAUUAAAGAAUUAUUUUAUUAAUUUGAAGUCACAUUGAAAGUGGUUUACACUGCAUCAGGUUUACAAUAGAAGGAGCUUGAUAUAUCAAUCUCCUUCUUUGCCACAAUACUUAUCUGGUUAGCAUCUAAACUUAUCGAUGAAUUACCUAUGAAUCACUGACACAAACAGGAAUACCAGAACAAUGAAGCACUAACAUAGACACGAACACCAGACACGGCACAAACAUGUGGCACAAACAUGUCGGACAUCAGACUCACCUUUAAUCUGAAAUGUCGAUGCUACAUUGUGAAUACAUUGGUUUAUGUUUGUGAAAGAAUAUUCACAACCCUCUUUUUGCAGGUUUUGUUUUAGAUCAAAACCAGAGUUAUGGAUCAAUUUAGACAGAUUGGUGAAGCACUUGGAAGUUUAAAGGCUGUGAUGGUGUUCAGAGAGAACAUUCAAAUCAAUCAGAGACAAUGUUGUCUUCUUCUAGAUGUUUUCAACAGUGCAUAUGAAUCUAUUGCAGAUGAGGUCAUACAUAAUCUGAAAUUUGAAGAAAAGAAUGGAAAGUGGAAGGUUCUAGAACAGCCCUUAAGAGAGAUCCAUAAGAUUUUCAAAGAAGGAGAGGUUUACAUUAAGCAUUGUUUAGAAAUAAAGAAUUUUUGGGCUAAAGCCAUUACCUUAUGUCAUAACACAGAUUGUGUUGAGUUUUACAUACACAAUUUGCUUUGUAGCAUGCCUACUGUGAUCGAAGCUAUUGAAUCGGCUGCUGAGACAUCAGGUUUGGAUCUAGACGAGAUGCAAAGGAAGAAGCUUAUCAAUUCGAAUAAGUAUAUAAAAGAAUAUAGAGACAUGAAGCUUUUCAAGUGGAAAUUUGGGAAGCAGUAUCUUGUUACUCAGGAUUUGUGUAACCGUUACGAAACGAGUUGGAAGGAAGAUAGAUGGUUUCUUUUCAACAAAAUUCAUGAAAAGAAAGUGUCAGGUGCAACAAAGUACGAGAAGAAGUUGGUAGAUCUACUUUUGAGGAAUUUAGAAGUGUCGGAAUCGUUGGAAGCUAAGCUUCUGCCAAGUUCAAUAUUGGUUGGUUCUAAGGACUAUCAGGUGAGGAGAAGAAUGGGAAAUGGAAGUCAAUAUAAAGAGAUUCAUUGGUUAGGCGAAAAUUUUGUUUUAAGACAUUUUUCUGGUGACAUUGAAGCUUUGGAAGGUGAGAUCAAAGAGCUUUUAUCGCUUUCGCAUCCAAAUAUAAUGGACUGUCUUUGUGGUUUUACUGAUGAGGAAAAGAAAGAAUGUUUUUUGUUGAUGGAAUUGAUGAGCAAAACUCUUAGCACGCAUAUUAAAGAGAUUUAUGGUCCGAGGAAGCGAAUACCGUUCUUGCUUCAUGUCGCGGUUGAUCUUAUGCUUCAGAUUGCGCGAGGAAUGGAAUAUCUGCAUUCAAAGAAAGUGUAUCAUGGAGAAUUAAACCCUUCAAACAUUCUUGUUAAGCCUAGAAGUACCUCUUCAGAAGGUUACUUGCAUUCCAAGGUAUCAGGGUUUGGUUUAUCUUCUGUUAAGGACUUGAACCAGAAAGGGUAUUUAAAUCAAAAUGGAACUCUCUCAUUCAUUUGGUACUCUCCAGAGGUACUUGAAGAGCAAGAACAUUUGGGAGGCGCAUUAAUUUCCAAGUACACGGAGAAAUCGGAUGUGUAUAGUUUUGGAAUGGUUUGUUUUGAGCUUCUAACCGGUAAAGUCCCUUUUGAAGAUAGUCAUCUUCAAGGGGAGAAAAUGAGCAGGAACAUAAGGGCAGGAGAAAGGCCACUUUUUCCACUUCAUUCGCCAAAAUAUGUUAUCAACUUGACGAAGAAAUGUUGGCAUACCGAUCCAAACCAACGUCCGAAUUUCUCGUCCAUAUGUAGAGUUCUUCGUUAUAUAAAAAGAUUUCUUGCAUUGAAUCCUGGUUACAAUAAAGAAACAGACCCACCACCAAUGCCACCUGUAGAUUACUGUGAUAUAGAGUCGACACUUUUGAGGAAGCUUCCUUCUUGGGGAAUUUCUGAAUCAUCGACAAUAUCUAAUAUUCCUUUUCAAAUGUUUGCAUAUCGAGUCAUCGAGCGAGAAAAAAUGAGUACUUCCUCUAAAGAUAACUCUGAAUCUGGAAGUGACGCUUCAGCCUGCGGUGAUGAUCUUGCUACUUCUGGAGAUGAGCCAAUUCUAUCAGUAAUAGAAAAGAAACCUUUAACUCAUCCUGACAUUGUGAACAAAAGGAUGCUUACACUGACCAGGAAAUCACUAGAUUCGAGGAUGAAACCAGGUACACUGAAAGGGAGAUUAGAAAGACCUCCACAAUUGUCCACUCGAUUGCGAAACUUGCGGAUUAAUUCAGAUAAACAUCUAACAUCAAGUCCAAGGAUAAUAAGAAGAUCUGCUUCUGGUCAUGUCUCAGACUCUGAGCUAACUUAGAUCACAACAUAUCAUUUGCAAAUUGCAAGGAAGGAUUCACAUAAUUAACCAGUAUAGUUUAAAUUAAGGAAUUUUUGACACAAGUAGUUUGUGAAUAAGGUUAGUAACAGAAAAAAGUACUGUGAUAGUGUGAUUAACUCCCUUGUAUUCAUGCCACAGAAAGAGUCUCUUUAAUGCAUGAAAAUUGAAAAACUUUCUUCCACCA